AUGUACCAGUGUGCUGCUAUGGAACCACACAUACAGCCGGGCGGUCCUGAGUGUGCUGCCGCUGCCGUUGGUCCUACCGAUGCUCCUCAAAGUACUAAUCUGCCUGAGUCAAUGAUUUGAGUCUACUGUACUAACCGUCUAGUUCUUUUUUAGGAACGACGUCGAUCUUAUUAACCACGAGAUACAAAUCCUCGAUAGGCACGUCUUUGUUUAUCAAAUGACCGAGAAUGACUGUGUCUGUGACUUCAUCUGAAUGACGAUGGCCUCACUAUCUCAUCUACUAGAACAGGACCGCUGAAGAGUCUUUCCAGACUCUUUCGUGAGUUCCAUUUUCACGCGGGUUUGGCGAUUCAUUGGUCUAUCAACGAGUAUGAUGAAGAUGAUCAUAUGGCAACUCUGACGAAUGUCACCACUAAAAAGUCUAUACAUGAAAGAACAAGAACGCGAAAGGAAGCUGGAGCUUUGGCAAGGGUUUUAGAGGUACUUCUAUGCUGGUAUGUUUACAACAAAGUUAUUUGAUGUCGACUUAUAUCUUAGAAAAGUACAACUACAAGAUUGUUCAUUGUUCCAUAGUUCGAUUGCUUCAAGCAGCUUGCUAAGUAGAAGCAUAGAAGAUAGAUAGUCGUCAUUACAAGCAUUCGAGCAAGGACUCACAUCAGGUCUUCCCUUUCUUUCAUGUCAAUUAAGAAUUUCAACUACAGGUCUUCGAUGUCUGUUUCUCCGCAUUGUCGAAUAUUGAUGGAGGAGUUUUUUGGAAUGAAUAUUCGAGGAGCAAACGACUUUUCUAUGCUGCUUGAGAAAGUGACCACGACGGAUCUUGAAGCAGGUUCUUUGACGAGUUUCCUGGAUAAGACGUUUGUUAUGCAUAAAGACACAAAAGUUGUGCUUCUAGCUAUGUCGAAGCAGGGUUCGUAGUAGAAGAGAUAAGGCACUACAACUAGGCUAGAAGACAUCCCUGCGCUAGACUGUGACUAGGCUAGAAGUAGAAGUAGGCUGUGAGGAUGACCAAGACCACUAUUAGUCGCGUCUAUCUGCACAGAGAAAAGUUAGCCGCAGAUAGAAGUUAUACACUUUUGUCGUUCGUUUGUGAUGCUGAGUCUAAGUUGUUUAGACAUCAUCUACCAUCAUCUACUCAGACAGACAGAUAUAGUUCCUGUGUGACUGAGUUGUUACCUAUAUCGACGUCGAUGCUGGAUAGAAAUCCGCAGUUAGCAUGCUUGUUGUACGUCUGUAGUGCUAGUAAUUCUUGGAGUUUUUAAGUACUAGAACUAGAGGUGGUCAUCAAUAGAGGACCAGUACGCGGAUGAGGACGGUAUCUAAAAGGGAUCGAGUUAUUUUUCCCUUUUUUUACUCUAUCCAACUUAAGAAACAGGAGAAAAGAGGACCAUGAAGAAUAUGCAACUUCUAGAGGGCCUUGCUGAUGCAUGGUCUCUAUGAGGGUCUUCUUUUGGUCAACCAUGGUACAAUUGCUAGUAACUACUGACGGUAGUAUUGCUCGUAACUACUAUGAGUCGGGUAGAUCAUAGUAGUCCUUCUUGUUUGGGUUGUUUUCGUUAUUAGAUGAUUGACAAAGAAGGGGUGAACAAGCAGGAUGAUGUGGAUUUCAUAUUCACUUAGGAUGAAGAUGCAAGAUGUUGAAAGUUGUUGUUGGUGAGUAACGGGGAUGAACUACUCAGUUAGGGAUGUUCAAAGUUGGUGUCGGUGAGUAGUAAAGGAGAUGAACUACUCAGGUAGGGAUGUUGAAAGUUGUCAGUGAGUAAAGGAGAUGAGCUACUCAGUUAGUACUAGUAAUCCACCUGAACUGUUCAUCAGUAGUUCAGUGACUCGUAACUACUCGAGUAUCCAGUUGUAGUUACUAGAGCCGAGUGAUCCAGUAGAACUAGUUCAGGAGUAGAGCUACUAGAGCUUCAGGAGUGAGGUCAGGAGUUCAGGAGCAGUGCCUGAGCUGUUCAGGAGUAGUUCACUGAGUAGUAAAGGAUAUGAGUUACUCGGUUAGUAAAGGAGAUGAACUAUUUUGAUAUACAACUCCUACUGAAGCUGUUUUGUCCCGCCAUUGGGCUAGAAGCACUGAUGAAUUGAAUCUAUUCGGCGAGGUGCCUAAGAUUUCCCAGACGAGUUCUACCCGCUAGUCUAGCUUGUUGUUGGAUUGUUAUUGGUCUGUCGAUUGUUCCUGUUGUUCCUGAUGAUGAACGACGAGACUCAGGCUUCUGCCUUGCUACUUGUGCCCAGAGGUCUCUGUUUUCUGCGUUGCUUAGCUGCACCCCUCUCGCCCUGAGGUCAGCCGCCAGCUGCCUCUUGUAGGUUGCGCGCGGUGCUCCCCUGCCUCUCCUGUAGCCCUGUGCUUGUUCCCCUUCUGCUGCUAAAGAGAUUCGCGCCCACCUUGUCGCCGGGUAUCGCACUAGGUGCCCGAUGUAUCUGAGUCGCCUCUGCUCGACAAUGCUGCUGAGCUGCUCCUGCCCCGUCCUCUCGAGCAGGUCCACCGUGCGGAUGUGGUCGGCCUUCGUGGCUCCAAUGCAUGAGCGUAGCUUCUUGUGCCACCAUGUGUCGAGCGCAGCCCUCGUCCUGUUCGUUAGUGUCCAGGCCUCGGACCCCCAUAGCGCUACCGGCAACACGAACACCCUCAAGAUGCGCAGCUUUAGCUCCCUGCUGAUGCUCCUGUGCGCGAAGACCUUGGAGAGCUCCCCGCUCUUCCUCUGGGCUCGUUCUAUCCUGCUGAGGAUAUCCGCUUCGUCGUCCCCGUCUUGGGUUAGUGUGCUGCCUAGGUAGGUGAAGGCACACACCCGCUCGACCUUGCCCUGCUCCAAGGUGAGCCCACCUGCCUCCGCGGCCCUCUCCGCCUGCCCGCUGGGGUCGAAUUCAACAUAUUUUGUCUUAGCGAGGUUGACUGUCAGGCCGUACUCCGACAUCGUGUCUACCAGCCUCUGCGUGGCUCUCCUUAGACUCUCCUCGUCCUCUGCUAGUAGCGCGAUGUCGUCAGCGUAUAACAGAUGGUCUAGUCGAACCUCUCCUGCUGCGGCUCCCUCGUCCUUUUCCAAUAGUUUCGCUCUGUGCAUCUUGGCCCCUUCUCCUAGGUCAGUCCGCUCGAGGACGUAACUUAUACACAUGUUGAAGAUGAGGGGCGAUAGAAGGCAGCCCUGCUUUGUGCCGGUGGUCGUUCUCCUUGAGUCGCUGACAGCUGCUUCCCUGCGAACUGCAAAGGCGUGCCCCUCGUACAAAGCCCAGAAGUUCCUCUGUAGUUGCUGUGGUAUUUGGUAUGCCUCGAAGGCCCUGGCCACCAGCUUUCGUGGCACCGUGUCGAGCGCCUGUGUCAGGUCCACAAAGCAGACAGAUGUGGCGCGCCCUACUGCUGCCCGUGCCUGGAUCGCUAACUUUAGCGCCAGGGUGUUGUCUAUAGCCCUUCGGUAGGGUCGGUAUCCUGCCUGUGCUUCUGAGAGUGCCUGGUCUAUUGGGCCAACAAGUCUGAGGUAUAGUGCGGAUGCGAAGAUCUUUGCGAAGAAAUUUAGAAGGGCUAUAGGCCUCCAACCUGCAGUGCUGCUGUGGUCCUUCCCUGGUUUUGGUAGCGCCACUAUUAGUGAGUCUACUUCGCCUCCGUCUAGGGCCCCCUCUCGCCAGUACUUGCGCACCUUUUCCCUCACUAGACUCUUGUUGUGCGCACUUAGCAGCUCGUAGUGUUCCUUCUUUAGUUGGUCCCUGCCUGCUGCCCUGCCGGUCUUGAGUCUUCUUAUGGCUUCGUCGACUUCCUUGUCCUCUAAGUCGCGCUCUUCUUCGCUUUUUCCUGCUGUGCCCCUGUGCCCCCGUGUGCGGUUGUACUCCUGUGGCAGCUCUCGGGCUUCUCGCUCUGGUAGCUGUGGCGGCUCUUCUCCGGUGAAGACAGCUUCGAAGAAAGCUCGGUGCAGUUCCGCCUUGCCCUUGGCGGUGUAGGCGACCUCCCCUUCGUGUUCCAAUGUUUCGCUUAUCUUCGAGCGGCUUCCGUCGUGUCCCUUGGCUUUCUUACCGCCCAGGGUUGACAUCUUCGCUAUUGCAGGCGCCUGUCCGCUUUUGGAGAAGUGCUCCUCGGCCUCCCUAGAAGCACUAAACGUUGAAAGUUGUUGUUGUUGCUGUUGUUUUACCUAGAAGAUGAAGUUGAGGAUGUUCAACUUCAGAAUGUUGUACUUAAUAGGAAGUAGACGGACGAGCUAGUGCUGCAAUUGAAAAUGACAAGUCAGCUACCAAGAAUACCAUGAACUAAAAUAGUGUCUCUGUCUGCGUUAUAUUGUUCCUUAAAAAGCUGCAAUAUUUAUACUGGGUACGAAGGGGGGAACGUACGCUAGAAGGUUAUUACGCUAGUAGAGUAGGAUAGCGAGGUAUGGAGUAUUCAAUCGUAUGGGCACGAUCGCUCUUUUUUAUCUCUGACUGUCUCUGGGACCAUCGGGUGGGGUCGGCUUCUUCUUAUAUAUAGGGAAGCAGACACAGGUGCCUACUCUGUCAAAUAAAAGGGAAGCAGACAGCAUAGGUGCCUACUCUCUCAAAUAAAAGGGAGGCAAAACGACAAGGUGCCGAGAGGGGGCAAAGAUGAAUGGAAGCGUUGUGCCAGACAAUGUCGUUGAAAUUUGCAAUACUAGUUAUCAAGAUGCGUACGCGCAGGCGUACAUGGGUAGGCUCCACCCUGGGCUAGAAGCAGUUAUAAGUAUAAGGGUGGUAGUCCUACCUACCAGCGAGAUUUUUUUAUUGGAAUGAAAACGGCGAGGCGGUCGGGUCGCGCGCGAAAUAAUAAUAAUAAUGAUAAAACGGGCCCACGAAAUUGUGAAGCGUUGUUGUAGUAGUAAGUUGUCAAAAGAAAGAGUUGUUGUACUAGUCGUCAACCGUAGUUGGUGUAUCGAUUAUCAACCGUUGUUGAUUUGUUGUAGUAUUUAUCAAGAAGCGUUAUUGUCCAUAAAAGCAAAAACUGAUCUAUUUUCCAAGAAUGAAGCAUGAGUAAGAAUUUAUCAUUUAGAUCGCAUCUACUUACAGAUCUCGCAAGAUGAGCAUGAUUAUAGAACAAAGUAUUGUAGUCGUAGAAAAGGAACACACGCUCAGCACGCAGAAAUUAUUUCAACUAUUUAAUGACUUACAAGGCUACGCAAUUUCAAAGAAAA